GGUCGUGAAUUCACCAUUUUCACUGACCACAAACCUCUGACGUACUCUCUGAACUCAACUUCAGAUAAGUAUUCACCCAGGGAAUCGCGACAACUAGAUUAUGUUUCACAGUUUUCAUCCGAUAUUCGCCAUGUUUCCGGAGUGAACAACACUGUGGCAGAUGCCUUGUCACGUAUUUGUUCUUUCACCCAAAUCGAUGGCAUAGACCUUGUAAAACUGGCUCGUCUUCAAAAAGAAGAUAUUGAGCUUCAGCGUGAGUUGUCGAAAACAACUCUACAACUAGCCAAGAAACCCUUAGGUAUAGGAAAGGAUACUAUUCUGUGUGACAUUUCCACUAGUACUCCUCGCCCCAUCGUGCCUAAAAGUUAUC